CUGUGAGUGCCAGGAUAUCAGAGGUGUUGCCUGAAGGACCGGUCGGGAUAGGCAAAGGGUGAAGCAGGACAGCAGGUCAACUCCUAACUUUUUUUUCGGGGAGGGGGGCGUUGAGAAAAACCAACCAAAACUGGGACCUAUGGGGACGCGGCAGGGCUGGAUGUAGUUGGGGAGGCUGAUGCUCACCGCAGGCCGUGGCGAGAGAAGGGGCCAAUGGCGGCCCGGGCAUCGCGCUCCACCGUGCAGGCGAAGGCGCGCGCUGGCGCUUCGAGCCACGCGCAGCUGCCCACGCCACGUUCUGCCGGCAGCCGAGUGAAGCGGACCCCGUACGCCUGCAGCGCCUCGGCGAACACCUGACACACGCCUGCUUGGAGGGGUGGGCGCAGAGGGGAGUCUCCAUCGACCUCCCAUCAACCCUGGAAAGAAGCCCCCGCCCCCCGACCUGGGUGCAUCAAGCCGCGUACCUGGGAGCACAUGCACGUGCUGGUGACCGUCCACGUGCGUGGGGGACCUGCCCAACAACUCCCGGAAGCGGCUAAGUUGAGCUUCUAGUUCCUCCCGCACCUGAAGGGAGGGGCACAAAUACCUUGAGCUUCGGGAAACAGGCGCAAAACUAGGAAGGAGCGAGCUCCGUCUGCUGUCACGAUGCGACUGCUCCAGCCUUGGAACUAGAGAGUGUACCCAGCGUCCGCUUUCGCCCCAACGACUUCCAAUGAUACCCUCUGGGCUGAGAUUUGAAGAUCAAGAUGAGUAUCCCCCUGCAGCCACGCCUCCGCACCUGGGGCAAAGCAACGUCUCCAGCCGCUAAGGCCUCCCGAAAUCCCAUCUUGCCGAGAAAGAAGCCUUCUGGGCUGAGGAGCGACGAGGCAUUGUGGCGGGCCGGGCCCACCGGACGGCCCUCAGACAGGUUGGCGUGGAGACCCGUGGGAAUGCUGUGCCUACGGGCAGAACGCGAGAGCAAGUACCGGCUACCACCGAGUGGGAGCCCCUAAACCAGUGGGUCCUGUAGGGGACCGCCCUCACCUGCGGGCCAGCUCGGCCGCACUCUCUGCAGAUGUGCCGUUGACCAGCAGUGACACGCUGGUCACAGUUCCUGCCAGGAAGGCCUCUACGAUGCCCUCAUCGCGCCGCGGGCAAUAACCAAAGUCAUCAGCGGUGACAACCAGCCUUACGCGGGGAAAAGCCAUGGCUGCCAAACCCUGGCUGGAGAGCAGAGGGAAUGGGUUGGAGCAUCCAGACCCCGCCCUCGAACGCUGCCGAGGCCCCACCCCGACGCACACGCCUAAAUGGGCUUCACGCCGCCAUUGUUCUCGCCACCUAGAGAGGAGUCUGCAUCUGAGCUGUGGGACCCGAAAAAGGAAGCAAAAAACAAAUUUAAUUAUCCACAUCAUGGCGAGGUGCCGCCACCACUCAGGAUAUCUGGCUGACGACGAGGCUGCUCACAGCACCUAUGUGACUCGGCUGCCCAAGAAGCAUCUGUUGCCAGAAAUGAAGCCAACCUGCAAGCUUGGGCGUGUACCACACCUACCAUCAAUGAACCGAUACUCGGAGCGCCAGGGCCACCAGCAAAACCUUAGGCGCCCUCCAGCAUUUGGUAGCUUCCUGGAUUUCCUCACGGAGGGCCAGGUACUGGACAGCUUGCAGACAGUUGUGGAGCAGGCAACAGAACGUGUGGCUGCUAUGAAGACAGAGGCUGGUGUGCCACUGGUGGAUCUACAAGACCCUGUGGAGAUGCCAAGUAGUAGGCAUAGGUCUCGAGCCAAACCCAGCAUCAACACUGUGCAUCGGCACCGUGCUCGACCCACCCUGUGUGCUGGACGCCCAAACAAUUACCCAUCUUGCUCCAGCUCCAUGUCUGACUCCCAUAGCAGCAUCACAGCUGGAUGGCUGGGGUCCCACAGCCAAGACAGUGACCUAGGUGCCAGAGGCAUAGGCUCACUGCCACCCGUGAAGGACAAACUCCUGCUCGAGAAAAACCUCAAGAGGCUACUACGACUAGAAAACAAAGGGAAAGUCCUAAAUCAACCCUGCUCCCAGAGGGAUUCCCUGCUGUGUGACUCACUGGGCAGCCAGACCAGCAGUCAGUGGACCCGGGAGCAGGGCCUGUCUUGGUUCUCUGGGCUAUUGGGCUCCAGUUCAGUCACCCCUGAAACUUCAGAGUUGGGACUUGGAGAAAAGGAGAUGAUUUUCCUCAAACAAGAGUUAAACAAGGAGAUGAAGUCACUGCUGAACCAACCAACAUCCUUCAACCUGCCUACCUAUUGUCCACCCAGGGAACCCCAUCGUACCAUGGACUUCCUGGCUGAGCAUCACCUCUUUCCUGCCCUGCAGCGCGUGGUCAGCCAGGCUGUAGAGAAGCUCAGCCAUGCCUGCCGCCACAAUGGCUUCCCCCUCUUCCCAGUUACCUCAGUGACCACUCCAGUGCUGCCUGGGAACUCCGAUCUUCUGCAGUCCAGCUCUAAGGCUUCCAUACCCACCGACAUGGAAGCUAGGGAAGAGCCUUGUGAUUCUCCCACUACAGCCUCCAGCCCUAAGACAUCUCUCAGAAAAAGCAAGGGCAGAAAGGGCUCCCCAUCUAACGCAGUCCAGAUGGCUACCAGAUUCAGGCUCAAGAGCCCCAACGCCAAGUUUUCGAAGAAGAAACCUCUGCCCUCCAUCUCAUCUCUGUCCAGCUUGUCCUACAUCUCUAACCCCUGGUUUGAGGAACUCACUAACUUCUUGGUUGAGCAGGCAGUCUCCUUGCUUAUCUGCAAGUACAAGUUUGAGGAAAGCCUCAAUAAACAACUUGGCUUCAUCUCCUUUCCUAUCACUGAGGUUCUCAUGGACAUCUUCCUGGGCUUCAAGAAGGUGAAGGGCACCCACAUCCGCCUGUCCUCGGACAUCAACUGGACCUGUCUUCUGCGUAAGUUGGAAGAAGCUGAGUUGGCACGGCAUGCCCUAAGACAUGCCUCCAGGUCAGGAACCUCUCCACAUAGUGCCUCCCGUAUUGGCACCUCCCAGCAUAACACAGAACCCUCCUCCUUGCAACCGAAGUUUACUGGUGACACAGAUCAGGACCAGUCUCCAGAGUCCCACCUCUCCCUCCACCCUGAGUUGCCAAUCCACCAGCUGCUCAGCCCUCCGGAUCAGGACCAGGAACAGACACCUAACAUGCACCUGUCAGAGACCAGGCCCUCUGUGAUCUCCAGUGCCAGUAUGGGCUCUAGAUUCUCCAAGUCCAAGGAAGUAGCGAUCGCUGAAGAGGGUGAGGACAGUGAGGAGGAGGAGGAGGAGGAGGAGGAGGAGGAGGAGGAGGAGGAGGAGGAGGAGGAAGAAGAAGAAGAGGAAGGGGAGGAAGAAGAAGAGGACGACAGAGGAAGUGAGGAGGAUGAAACCAAGGAUUUUUUUGAGGGUGAGCCCACACCUCCUAGCCCGCCUUUGCAUAAGUUGGAGGACUUUAUGAAUACAGCCACUGUAAUGAGCCCCAGUGACUCCCCAUGAGACCUCUGUAUGCCACACAGAGUACUCCAGUCCUUGUCUCCUCCUGUCCUAUCCAAGUAGCUGGCCACCCAGCCAGCCCCUGUCCUGGGUGGAGGUCAGGAUGACUGGGUGCUCGGGAGGAAUUCUGCUAAUGUUAUCACGGGAGCCAAAGAGAUGAAUGGAAAUAAAUUACAUGUUGGUGGACAUA